UCCACUCGUUCUGACGGAGGAAGAAACAGCCAGAGCCAGCAGGACAGCCGUCAUGGACGUGGUGGCGUGGGGGCCGGCGUGGCCCCUCCUCCUCCUGCUGGUCCUCCUGUCCUCCGUCCCGCCCUGCCUGUCCUCCAUGCUGUGCCCGAAGCGCUGCACCUGCCAGAACCUGCUGCCGUCCUACACCGUCCUGUGCGCCAAGACGGGGCUCCUGUUCGUCCCGCCCAACAUCGACCGGCAGACCGCCGAGCUCCGGCUGAUGGACAACUUCAUCACCACGCUGCGGCACCGCGACUUCGCCAACAUGACCAGCCUGAUCCAUCUGACGCUGAGCAGGAACACCAUCAGCCAGAUCCGGCCGUACGCCUUCGCCGACCUCCAGGACCUGCACGCGCUCCACCUGGACGCCAACCGCCUCACCACGCUGGACGACUCGCACUUCCAGGGCCUGGUCAACCUGCGGCACCUCAUCCUGGCCAACAACCAGCUGCACAGCGUGUCCGAGGGAGCCUUCCAGGACUUCCUGGAGACACUGGAAGACUUAGACCUGAGCUACAACAACCUGGUGGACAUCCCCUGGGAGACCAUCGCUCUGCUGGUCAGCGUCAACACGCUCAGCCUGGACCACAACCUGAUCGAGAGCGUCCCCGAGGGAAUCUUCUCCAACCUGCACAAGCUGGCCAGGCUGGACAUGACGUCCAACAAGCUGAAGAAGAUCCCCCCUGACCCGCUCUUCCUGCGGAUCCCCGUCUACGCCAAGAUGAAGGGUUCCCCGCUGACGGCGCUGGUCCUGAGCUUCGGAGGGAACCCGCUGCACUGCAACUGCGAGCUGGUGUGGCUGCGGCGCCUGACCCGGGAGGACGACCUGGAGACCUGCGCCUCGCCCCGGGACCUGGCCGGGAAGUACUUCUGGACCAUCAGGGAGGAGGAGUUCGUGUGCGAGCCGCCGAUGAUCACCCGCCACACCUCCAAGAUGUUCGUGAUGGAGGGUCAGGAAGUCAGCCUGCGCUGCAAGUCCAUCGGGGACCCGGAGCCGUCCACCCACUGGGUCAGUCCGGACGGGAAGCUGAUCGGGAACACCUCCAGGACCGUCUGCUACGAGAACGGCUCGCUGGACAUCCUCAAGGCCUCCGUCAAGGACUCGGGAAAGUUCACCUGUAUCGCGUCGAACGCUGCCGGCGAGGCCACAGCACCCGUUGAGUUGGUCGUCAACCCGUCGCCGCACUUCGACCCCAAACUGGACCCGGACCCGGGACCCUCAGACAUCCCCACCUCCAUCAAGUCCAACGUGAGCGGCGGCCAGGCCCGGUCCGACCAGCAGAGGGUCUCCGUGUCGGACACCACGUCCAGCUCGGCGACCAUCCGGUGGCCGCCGCAGAACCACAUCCCCGGAGUCCGCAUGUACCAGAUCCAGUACAACAGCUCCACCGACGACAUCCUCAUCUACCGGAUGAUUCCCGCCAACCACAAGUACUUCCUGCUGAGCGACCUGGCCUCGUCCAGGGACUACGAGCUCUGCGUCCUGGCCGUCUACGACGACGGCAUCACGGCGCUGACCGGCACCAAGCUGGUGGGCUGCGUGUCCUUCAGCACCGAGCCCGAGUACGGCCGCUGCCACUCCAUCCGGGACCAGUUCCUGGGCGGCACCAUGAUCAUCAUCAUCGGGGGAAUCAUCGUGGCCUCGGUUCUCGUCUUCAUCUUCAUCCUGCUGAUGAAGUACAAGCUGCACAGCAACCACUACAAGCAGAAGGCCGCCGCUCGCCACGCCAACGUCUGCUCCCAGACCAACGGCGGCGGCGGUGGGGGCGGGGCCAACACGCUGGCCCCGCCCCCUUCCUCCUCGGCGGGGGUCAUCAGCAAAAACUCCCAACCCUCGUCAUCGGCGGACGGGAUGGGCGGAGCCUCGCUUCGAGGGACGACCGUAGUGGACUUAAACCCCGCCCACGACGACGACGCCAUCUCCCAAUAACGAACGAGAAGAGACUGUCGAGCAAACCCCAGAACCGCCGAUCUCAAAGUCCAACACAAUACUCCACCUCCCCGCCCCCCUUUUUUUAUUUCUGAUCUUUUUUAAUUUGCUUCUGGUGCCUGGAGGCGAACUGCCGUCUCUCCGCGGAGCAGCUCCGGUCUCAG